AUGGUCAAUUCUCUUAUCACUGCACCACUUGAACCAGUUAAAUCAAUUGAAGAAUUUCGAACUGCUGAGCAUUUUCUUAAUAUUGUUUCUCAGAUUGAAGCACAAAAGUUUUCAGAAUCACGUAUAAGUAUUCCAGAAUUCAACGAUUAUGUUCAUGAUAAGUUUCAAUUCAUUCUUGAAUAUCUCUCGAAACAAUCAACUUCUCCAAUUACUGAAUGGAAUAUAAAUGAAUUAGUUCGAGGCAAUGAUGUUCUUCUUUCAAAAAUGGCAUUGCUGGUUGUAUUUGCUGCUCAUGCUGAUACAUAUUUCUAUUCAAAAUCACUUGAUGCUGAUGAAAGUCAACAUGAACAAUUAGCAGCUCUUUUCGAUUUACAUAUGAUUGAAGGAACACAAAAUAAUCCUUAUCAAUUAAAUAUUGAUGCUUGUUUAAGAGAUGAUUCCGGAGGUACACAACCAAAACAAACAACACCAGUUAUAAGAAAACGACGAAAUACACAAAUUUGUAAUUUAAAUGAUUCAUUAAAUAAUCAAAAUCGUUCAUCAAUACUUGAUCGAAGUUUUACUCGUUCACCUGGUCAACAUCAAGCUGUUGCUUUAGCAGCGACUCAACAAGCACGUGCUCUUCAAGAAGAUUUAUAUAAAGUACAAUAUGAAUUAGAUGAUCUUCAACAUAAAUAUGGUGGUCUUGAAAAAAGUUAUCAUGAAUUAAAAGAAAAAAAUCGUGAAUUAUCUGAAAGAGUUCUUCGACAAACAGAUUAUGAUCCAAUUAAAGAUGAACGUAAUAAACUUCGUGAAGAUGUUCAUCGAUAUGAAAUUGAAAAUAAACGACUUCAAGGUGUUAAAGAAAAUGUUAUAGAUUUACAACAACGUCUUCAACAAUAUCAAAAGAAAAAUGAUGAAAUGCAUGAAAAAAUUGCAACACUUGAAAGAAAACUUCGUGAAUCUAAACAACAAUGUGAUGAAUAUAGUAAAAAAAUUGUUAAUCAAAAUGCUGAUAUUCUUCUUUUAUCAUCAGCAAAUGAACGUGUAAAAAUGUUAGAAAUAGAAAAUCAACAAAUGAAAAUUAUUAAAGAACAACGUGAAACAGAAUUAUUAAGACAAAUUCGUCAUUUACAAGAUGAUAAAGAAGAACUACAAAAAAAACUUGAUGAACCAAUGACAACAAUUGAAACUCCAUUAAUUGUUGCAGAAAAACGAGCAUUAGAAGAAGAAUUACAUACAUUGAAAAUGUCAUAUUAUGAUCGACGUGAAGCUGAUGCUGAAAUUGAAUCAUUUAAACAAACAAUAAAACAACUCGAGGAAAAAAUUGAACAACUUAGAAAUGAAUGUCAAGAAUUAUAUAAACAAAAACAUGAAUAUGCUGAAGAACAAAUUGCAUUACGAAAUGAACUUAAUGCACAAAUUGAAACAUAUGAAAAUAAAUUGGGUGUAUUAACAAAAUUUAUCGAAGAAUUGAAACGAGAAAAUGCUAAAACAACUGAUGAAUGUAAUCUUCUUCGAAAUGAAAUCAUCUCUUUAAAAAGUAAACUUCAUGGACAAAGUGGUGAACUUAAUUCUGAAAUUGUUAAAUCUUUUGAUUUACGACAUCAACUUGGUUUACUUAAUGAACAAGUUUCAUUAAAAUCAGCUGAAAUAAUAAAUCUUCUAACAAAAAUUGAUUCAUUAAAAGUUGAAAUUGAUCAUUUAAAACUUGAUCGUGAUACAUGUCAAUCACGUUUAAUUGAUUUACAAAUGCAAUAUGAUAAAUUAACAAAUACAUGUUCAAUGUAUGAAAUAAAAUUAAAUGAACAAGAAGAACGUGAAACACAACUUAAAUUACAAGUACAACAAGUACGUGAAAUGCAUGAAAAUAUUGUACAAGAAAAAGUACGUUCACAAACUGAAUAUACAGAUGCACAAAUAAGAGUUACAAAAGUUGAACAAGCAUUAAAAGAUAAAAUAGAAGAAGUAGAAAAUUUAAAACGAGCUGCAAAAUUAUAUAAUCAAGAUAUAAAAGAACUUGAAAAAUAUGGUGAAGAUUUACGUGAACAUUAUGAAAAAUCAAAAGUUAUACAUAAAAAGACUGAACAAGAAUUAAAUGAAUUGAAAUCUGUUCAUUCAAAAACUUUAUCAGAUUAUGAAGAAUUACAAAAACAAUGUUCACUUCUUAAAACUCGUUGUCAUCAAUUAGAAAGUGAACGUUUACCAUUAAUUGCUCAACUUGAAUUUGCUGAUAGAAAUUUACGACAAGUUAAAAAACAACAACAAACAUCUAUGACAACAAGUACAACUGUUCAUCAUCAACCACCAUCAACAGCCUCAAAUCCUAUUUUACAAUCAAUUGAAAAUAGUAAUAAUAAAUCUGUUUCACGUCUUAUUCGUUCACCAAGUCUUGAUAUGCGUAUAAUGCGUCGUACAAAUGAUAAAAUGGAUGAUACACGAUCAUUAGAUCAUGAUGAUUUAGCAUUACUUUUACAUAAAAAUCAAUCAUUUAAUAAUUUUGCUUUAAAUGGUCGUUCAACUGAUCAUUUAACAAAAUAUGAUAUUGAAAAUGAAGAUGAACCAAUUCAUCUUGAUUUGGGUUCUGUUGAUUAUAAUCGACGUAUAACUGAAUUACAACGUCGAAAUCUUAGUCAACCAAAACAUUUACGUACAGCAUAUGCACUUGAAACAAUGGAACAUGAUCCAGAUGAUUUUUCAGCAAGUUUUAUUCGUAAAGGUGCAGGAAUUACUGAUGAACAUUCAACAACAAAUUUAUCAUCACGACAACGAAUUGCAAAUGAAAAUCAAAAAGGAUCAGAAACACCAAAAGCUUCUCGUUUCAAGAAUUUAUUUCAUCGAAAAUAG